CGGCGUUAUUCCCGUCAUGGAGAACGAUAUAUUCUUUUCCGUGCAUGCUUUUUGUAUCUCCGUAUUCACUGGAUUUCAGGUGUUCAUGUACGAGCGAGCGGGACAACGAGUUUCCAAAAUUUGUAUGGGCAUUAUUGGCUUGAUUGUUGCUUAUUGCAUCAUCAACGCUAUCCUGGCAGGUGCUUCGGUGUUCCCAUGGAUCACCUUCCUUUACAACGUGUCCUACGUGAAACUGUUCAUCACUCUCAUCAAAUACAUCCCACAAGCUAUCAUGAAUUGCCGCAGACGCAGUACAGUCGGUUGGAGCAUCGGAAACAUUUGUCUCGACUUGACUGGCGGGACCCUGAGCCUGCUACAAAUGUUUAUUGUGGCUUAUAACUUUGACGACUGGAGAAGUGGAUUCGGUUCCCCAACGAAACUUGGUCUCGGACUGUUCUCCAUUAUGUUUGAUGUGUUGUUCAUGAUACAACACUGGUGCCUGUUCCGACAUGCUGAGGAACCCCUGCAAACGCUGUUGGUGAUUGAUGAUCAUUCACCUGAGUUGGUUUCUUAGGUAAUGAUGGGAAUCGACGUCUCCUCAAUCCGACGCCCAUUUAUUUUAUUAGUUUAUUUUAUCUCAUCCGCCGCGCACCAUUGCCAGAAUUCUUUUUUUAACUUUUCUCAGCCGAUCUUCUAUGUCUCUUUUUGGGUAUUUAACUUAAACCCAACAAUUCAUCUUGUGUUUCUUUAUAAGUGAAUAGAGUUCGAUUUCUGAAAGUCAAGCGUAUGGGUUGCAUCGUUUGGUGGAAAGCAUUGAAAAGGGUGGACUGUCAUUGUCGCCCUCUCUGAAUCUCGUUACUUCUCUGGCCAUGUACUAACAUAUACUUGAAGUGUUUGCUACAGUUACCCGCUUACAAUGUACAGUCCUCGGACAUUAGGAGCCGUUCGUUUAAAAAUAUCGUCAGCUCUUGGACGGCGUAUGACACUAAUUUUUUUAAGUUUGAGGAGAGGCGCACAGUUUCUUCGAUUAACAGUCGUGUGUAACUAAUUGUGUCACAAUUCCUACAUCUGAAAUUUGUCGACCAUAGGAGCAAAUCUCGGUCUGACUGCGGAACAAGCAUCCCACAUUGUACGGGUGUUCACAUGCAGUGUCCUCGCCUAACUGACUGUUUUGUAAAAAUCAGAAGUAC